AUGGCAUCAAAGAAUAGUACAUGCAACGAUGAAGUGGCUAGACUAAUAGACUGUUACUCUUGUGGUCUCGUAUUCAAUCUUUACACUUUGUAUUGCAUUCAAGUCUGUCUUUUUCUUUGUCUCUCUCUCUCUCUCUCUCUCUCUGUCUCUCUCUCUUUCUGUAUCCUAGUCUGUCUUUUUCUUUCUCUCUCUCUCUCUCUCUCUCUCUCUCUUUCUCUCUCUUUCUCUUCUCUCUUUUCCCAUACCAAAAGUAUUUCCUUUCUUGGAGUGGAUCUCUCUGUCUCUGUCUCUCUCUCUGUCUCUCUCCGUCUUUCUGUUUCUCUGUCUGUCUCUCUCUUUCUGUAUCUCAGUCUGUCUGUCUUUCUCUUUGUCUGUCUCUAUCUCUCUCUUUCUCUCUGUCCGUUUGUCUGUCUGUUUGUCUGUCUGUCUGUCUCAUUCUCUAUCUUAGUCUGUCUUUCUCUCUGUCUUUCUAUCUCUGUCUUUCUCUCUCUCUCUCUCUCUCUCUCUCCGUCUGUCUCUAUCUCUCUCUGUCUGUCUCUCUCUGUGUCUCUGUGCCUCUGUCUGUCUGUCUGUCUGUUUGUCUCAGCCUGUCUGUCUGUCUGUCUCUGUCUGUAUGUUUCUUUCUCUGACUUUCUCUCUGUCUGUCUCUCUGUCUUUCUCUCUGUCUCUGUCUCUCUCCAUCUUUCUGUUUCUCUGUCUCUCUCUUUCUGUAUCUCAGUCUGUCUGUCUUCCUCGUUGUCUGUCUCUGUCUCUCUCUUUGUCUAUCUGUCUCUCUCUCUCUCUCCCUCCCAUUCUGUCUUUCUCUCUCUCUCUCUCUCUAUCUCUCUCUGUCUCUCUCUGUGUUUCUGUGCCUCUUUGUUUCUGUAUGUCUGUCUCUAUCUCUCUGUCUGUCUGUCUGUCUGUCUGUCUGUUUCUCUCUGUGUAUCUUUUUCUCUGUCUGUCUAG